AUGCAUUUCUUGCAAGUCUUGGUCGUCGUCGCUGCAGCUGCAAAGCUAGUAUCUGCGAACCCAUUACCACAGUCACAAUUCUCAACCUUCACUGUGCCCAACGCGACUACCACGUCCACACAGGAGCCUGCUACAGCAACCUCAACGACUGUCCCGAUGCCAGACUCGAACAACCCAUGUGCAAAGAUCACAAAACUCUAUCUGAAUGCCACUGAAUUCUACCCAAAGGUUCCUUCCGACCUCGCCUGGCAGUGCCUGAACGAUGUGCCUCUCGAUGCACCAGCAGCCACUAUUUGGCUCCAGAGCUUACGUCCUUACAUCGAGUGGCAAUCCACGACAGCUUAUCUCAAGGACCCCCCCCAAGGUUACUUAGAGCCUGCUGUUGACGUAUGGGCUGAAUUUGACAACAUCGUUUCUGGUAUUUCUGCUGGCAGAUACGCCAACGAGUACGAGUUCGAGUUUGCACUGUAUCGACUGUUUCAGGGCACUCACGACGGUCAUUUUCGAUAUAUGCCGACUCUAGCGAACGGUAUCUUCAGCUUCGGGCGACCAGUCUCUCUAAUCUCCUAUUCCGCUGAUGGUUACGAGGCACCAAAACCCUAUGUUUACGAGGAUGUGCUAUCCAAUUUCGUCAAUGGGACUGCUAAACCUUCCGCUGUGACACAAAUAGAUGGGAAGGAAGCCAUUCAAUUCUUGGAGGAGUGGUCGCAAUAUGGCUCACUUCAAGAUCCUGAUGCACUGUACAACAAUCUCUUCUACGGACUCGCUCAAGCGUCUCUGGGUGCGUCUGGUUCAGGGCCAGGCACUUUUGCCGGUGGUGGUCGAGGUGCCUACAUAUAUCCUGGUCCAACCACAUCGCUCACAUUCGAGAAUGGAAGCACACAUACCCACGACAACUUUGCACGAGUGCAAGUGCCUUUUCGAUAUAUCAACAAUGGUAGCGAUCUAUACCUGAAUUACGUCAACUCGCCACUGCCCUCUUCAACGGCGUCCAACCGCUUGGCAGAUGCUAUCCAAUUCAGUGCUCCGGCAACUGCCACUUCACCGACAGUGUAUCCAAGGCCGGGUUAUCCUCCUCCAGUCGUAAAUUCGAAGACGUUUAACAACGUAGCAGGGUACUAUCUUGACGAGCCAGGAUACGAGGAUGUUGCAGUGCUUGCCGUUGCUAGCUUUGUUGGCACAUCGGAUUACCAGAAUGUUGUCUAUUCGUUCCUCGAUCAGGCCUCCAAAGCUGGCAAGACAAAGCUGGUCAUCGACACAAGUGCCAACGGUGGCGGUACGAUCAUGCAGGGCUACAAUCUCUUCCUGAACCUCUUUCCUGGGAUCGUCCCUUAUGGAGCCACCCGUUUUCGGUCUCACGAAGCCUUCAAUCUCAUUGGUGAGACAGUCUCAGAGCGGAUGUUCUACUAUCCUUUCGACUACCAUGAUCCUCCCAAUUGGGUUUGGAACGACUUUGCUGGUGGUGUACCAUUCAACUACCGCGCUGACGUUGAUGUGAACUACACGAACUUUGAUUCAUGGCAAGAUAAAAAUCCUCCAAGCACCUUUAUGGGAGACGACUUCACAUCGGUCAUACGUUGGAAUCUUUCGGAUCCAUUGAUUUAUCCUGCAAACCAAGUCCAGCCCAACGGUUAUGGUAAUCGUACUGGCCUGCCUCCAACCCGUCCUUUCGAGCCCGAAAACAUAGUCAUCCUCUACGAUGGAUACUGUGCUAGCACCUGCGCUAUUUUUAGCGAGCUGAUGACUCAACAGAUUGGUAUCAAGACCGUCAGCAUUGGAGGACGUCCGAACGGGAGACAUAUGCAGACCGUGGGUGGUGUGAAGGGAACCAAUAACUAUCCGUGGUACUUCAUAAGUCAACUGGUGACCGAUACCUAUACGUUAGCACCAGACCAGGCUAGCUUCUUCAACACUACUGCUUUGUACGACUACAUAGAUCCCGACACUGAUUGGAUUCCAUAUCAUCGAGCAGUAGGAAAUUCGGGCCAGGUCAAUGUGAGAGAUGGCUUGAGAGAAGGAGACGAAACACAAACUCCACUACAAUUCAUCUACGAAGCGGCCGACUGCAGACUUUACUACACCGCCGAGAUGACCGUUGAUGUCACGGCUAUGUGGGAGAAGGUGGUCGAUGUUACCUGGAACGGCGACAGCUGCGUAGUAGGUGGCAUCUCUGGUCAAGGUCAUGCUCAAUCGAAGCGCUUCGGCGAGGACACCAGUGACGCAGUCAAAGCUCGAGCACAAGCCAAAGCAAAACGAAGACUACAGAAGCGACGAAGGCAAAUGACAGCGUCGCGUAUCGCUGCCAUCAAGCAAAGUCUCGAUAUUGUUACUGACUCGAGAAAUAUUCAACCGAUCCAGGGCCUGAUGUUACCAUGA